GAACUUUACUUCCCAUAAACACUCCAUAGUUGAAUUUUACGACAUGGAGAGGCGCGAUCAGUGUGUUGUUGUUUAGGAACGAAACCCGUGCCAAGGACCUAACGGUGCAACGUUGCGCUGUCUGAACCCGGUAGUGCAUGACUACCCUGGUCAGUCAGUGACAACAUUAUGGCGUUUCAUGUGUCAAAACUUACUCUACGAUUACCAAAACCAAUCAGCUUUAGUUUGCGUGCAGUUAGCGGAACUAAGCAUCCCAAUAUAAACCUAAAAUUUACAGAUCUAGCGUGCGCUCUGAGCCGUCGGUCAUUGCACUCAGUUGUCCGUCAGGCAAGUGAGAAUUGGUCGGCCAAUUCCCGCUUAUUAAACUCUAAGCCGAGCAAGUACAGUUGGGCUGUCAGUACAGCCAAAAGGUUGGGGAACUUUUCAGCGGCCUCAAAGUCAUUCAGUUUGCAGAGUGCCAGUACACCCAAUAGGAAGAGUUGGUUCCGAUCAUAUAAGACAGCUCUCAGCGUCCUUGGGUUGUCCACCGGUGCUAUUGCAGCGUUGCACACCAGUGCCUUGCUGACCAUGUCCGCUGAAACUGUUAACCUGGACUCGGACAGGACCGACUGGCAGGAGGCAAAGAGCCUGCUCCUCUCUGCCAGUCAGGAGAAGAGACGUGAGUUCUACAGGGUUGACCAUCUGCCUUUGGAGAAAAUACCUGUCUGGACUUCUACAGGUACCUCAGCUGACCAGCCUCGUCAUAAGAUCAGUGAUGCCCUGAGCCAGAAAAUAUCACUCUUUCGUGGAGACAUCACAAAACUGGAGAUCGAUGCAAUAGUGAAUGCAGGUAAGAUUGGAACAUUCAAGAUGAUUGUAGAAUUUGGAAACAUUUGUUACAUUCCUUCACUGGCCAACUUUGAUAAACUCAUUCAAUGGAUAGUUUGCCAGCAACAUUUUUUAUUGUUUGCUGCAGGGUGCAAUUUUUUUUAAGCGCUUAAAUUAAAUAUGCCUUUGCCUUGCAUAAUUAAUAACAGUAGGGAGAAGCAAUUUCACACUGGUUAUAUUAUUCCAUUCUCAAAAUGAAUAUGGAAUAGCCCCAGAAAGAUAGCAAGUUUUUUAUUUAUAAAACAGAUCCAGUCAUGUUUCAUGGACCACUGGAUAUAAUUUGCUCUAUCUCCUGCAGCGAAGCUUAGAAUUAAUAACCUUGACCCUCAGUAGCCCAUGAACUUUAACCUUCUCAUAUGUACACCGUGUAGUCCAAAAUGACAUCCGAUUCUACUUGAUCAUAGUAGGUUAACUAUAUCUAUCUGUAACAUUUACAACAACCUGUGCUAAAAUGAUUUUUGUAAGUUGCUCACUUUGAGUUUGAAUUUACAAGACUUUUCUAUUCAACCAGAAUCAGAAUGUGAAUGUUAUUCAUGUAAAUCAGUGGGUGUGUGGAAAAGAUAUCUACUCCGACGGGUGGCCUUCGCAACUUUGGGUGGGAAGAGAAUGGUGGUCAAGGCUGCUACUAAAAACAAAAAAAAAGA